UUUUUUUUCCCCUUUCUUACCCCUCAUCUUCUUAUCCAUAACCCAAACUCUCUCCAGAAUUUCUCUCUCUCUCUCUCUCUCUCUCUCUCUCUACUUUGUAAAUGGCAAGAUCUCUCUCUCAAACCCUAACCCUAAGUCGGCAUCAUCUCUCCCCCAAGUUCCCGCAGCCGUCGUCGUCGUCUCUCCUCCUCUCCCUCCGCACCCAAUCAAACCUCCCAUCCUCCCACGGCGGCGGCGGCGAUCUGGCCGACCUAUCCGACGCCUCAUCUUCAUCGUCCGAUCCUCUCCUUCGGAAGCUGGAGGACGCCAUCCACCGCAUCAUCGUCCGCCGAUCCGCCCCCGAUUGGCUCCCCUUUCUUCCCGGUGCCUCUUACUGGGUCCCACCCCCGCGAUCCCGCAAUUACGGCCUCAACCACCUCGUCGAGAAGCUCGCCAAUCCCUUGACUCAGGAGGAGUCCAUGUCCACCACCACCGUUCGCGGUUGGCCCUCUUCCGACUACUUCAUUCAUGGUGUAUCACCUCAUCAGAUAGAGUCUGCAGAGGAAAGUUCUAAAUCUAAUAAGUUGCUCCAGUUGGAGGAUGAGGAAGGAUAAAUGAAUCGUUUCUUUCCGAAAGAAAAUUGGCCCCUCGGGCUUAUGAAGACUUUGUAAAUAUAAUAAUAAUGACGAUAAUAAUAAUAAUGUUGUAGAAGGAAGGAAAGGAUAAAAAAGAAGCGGAACCAUCAGUAUGUGUUGAGAACAGAAGAGGAUACUUUUCCAAGGAGAGCUUUUGUACAGAUGCAAACCUGGUCAGUUAGGGCACAAAAAGAAAAGAAAAAACAAAGAAUGUUUCUGCUGAUGAAUAUAUUUAUUUAUAUUUGACUCCUAAGAUUAAAAUGUUUAAAUGUGAUUAGCCAAGCUGUUUUUGCUCUUUAGUUUAGUUAUAUGUUCCAAUCCAAUGUAUUUAUACUCUACGCGUUUCGAAUGGUUGAUUAUGUAUUUUUUGUUUUU